CCGGCGUCGCCAUUGCAGUCUUAGUUUUGUGCCUGGUGGGGCUUCAGGAGACACACCCUGGGACGUGAGGCGAAGGCCCCCAGGGGGACGUUCUGGGAUCCUCUUCGCACCUUGGCACUUCCUUUUACCCUCGGCUCACCGCUCCUCCUUCCUAAGCCUCGGUUUUUCCGCGCCCCGCCUUCGUCCCAAGUUCCGGGGAGGCAGCUUCCGUUUCAUACUGGGGACGGUCGAAGUACUGAGUGCGACCAUCAACCUGCGUCACCCCUCCCAGUGUUUGCGGGGGGGGGGUUCGGGUGAGCGCGCAGGCUCGUCACGGCCGCCGGCUGACACGGCCCCGCCCAGCCCACAGGCUGUGACCGGUCUUGCAGAGUCGCUGAUGGACCCGAGGCAGGAUUGGUCUGAAAACAGUGGCCAGUGGGACUGUGAGGAGAGCGGGGCACCAGUGGGGCCAGCACCUGUGGUCUUCUCAAAGCCCACCUAUUGGCCCCCUGGCCUUGCUGUCUCCUCAUGGGGAAGCCUGGUGGCCUUCGAGGAGGUGGCCAUGCACUUUUCCAGGGAGGAGUGGGAGCUCCUCGAUGAGGCCCAGAGGCAGCUGUACCACACUGUGAUGCUGGAGACCUUGGAGCUUGUGACCUCACUUGGCUGUUGGCCUGUGGUGGGAGACGAGGAGGUGCCUUCUGAGAAGAGCGCUUCUGGAGAAGCCGUGUCACAGCUCAGAACUCCCAGUGCGCCUCCUUCCACGCAGGAGGCUGACGGCCGCGGCACGUGUGAGCCACUCUCGAGAGACAGUUUGCAGCUGGACGACCAUCAAAGACAUAGUGGGGAGACCUCCUGCACAUGUUUAGCAUAUGGAAGAGAGUUUUGGUUUGGUGCGAAUCUUCACCAGCAUCCAGAGUACAAUGGAGAAAAGCCCUUCCAAUGUAACAGAGACAGGGACUUGUUUGUAAAAAGCUCAACAGGCUCUUUGUCAGAGAAACCCAUUACAUGUGGGUUAGGUGGCCAGGAUGUCUCAGACGGCCAUGACCUCCUCCAACCCCCAAGCAUGGAUGGCAGUGGGGAGCCACAUAGCAGCACAAAGGUCAGGGAGGCCUCACUGCACCUUUUCAAUUCUGGGCAGCUCCCAGACGUCCAGUCCUCACAGAAGCCCUUCAACUGCAGUGACAGUGGGAAAGCGUUCCAGAAGACUUCUGUCCUCAGCCACCAGAGUGCUCACUCUGAAGAGACACCAUUUAGAUGCGCAAGAGUUGAAAAUUCCUUAGAGGAGAAAUCAGCCCUUAUUAGUGACCAAUGGUUUCACACUGGAGAAACAUCUCAUGUAUGUAAAGAGUGUGGCAAGGCUUUCAGUCACCCAUAUAAACUGAGGAAGCAUCAGAAAUUCCACACAGGAGUAAAAGAUUAUGCAUGCAGCGACUGUGGGAAAACUUUCAGCCACAAACUCACCCUUAUUCAUCACCAGAGAAUCCACACAGGAGAAAGGCCUUAUGAAUGCAGUGAAUGUGGGAAAGCCUUCAAUAACAGGUCACACCUCGCUCGGCAUGAGAAAGUUCACACAGGAGAAAGGCCUUUCAAGUGCAGCAAAUGUGGAAGAGCCUUCAGCCAAAGCUCCAAUUUCCUUCGGCACCAGAAAGUCCACACCCACAUAAAACCUUAUGAGUGCAGUCAGUGUGGUAAAGCCUUCAGUCGCAGCUCUGCGCUCAUGCAGCACUGGAGAGUUCAUACUGGAGAACGGCCGUUUGAGUGCAGUGAGUGUGGGAGAGCUUUUAACAACAACUCCAACCUUGCUCAGCACCAGAAGGUUCACACCGGAGAACGGCCUUUCGGAUGCAGUGAAUGUGGGAGAGACUUUAGCCAAAGCUCUCACCUCCUUCGCCAUCAGAAAGUCCACACCGGAGAACGGCCUUUCGCAUGUGGUGAAUGUGGGAAAACCUUCAGCAAUAGCUCCACCCUCAUUCAACACCAGAAAGUACAUACUGGACAAAGGCCUUACAGGUGCAGUGAGUGCAGAAAAGCCUUCAGUCGCAACUCCAGCCUGGUUCAGCACUGGAGAACUCACACUGGGGAAAAGCCUUAUGAGUGCAGUGAAUGUGGGAAGGCCUUUGCUCACAGUUCCAGUCUGAUUGAGCACUGGAGAGUUCACACCAGAGAAAGGCCUUAUGAGUGUAAUGAAUGUGGGAAGUUCUUUAGCCAAAAGUCCAUUCUUACGAAGCAUCAGAAAGUUCACACUGGGGAAAGGCCUUAUGAGUGCACUAAAUGUGGCAAGUUCUUUAGCCGUAAGUCCAGCCUCAUCUAUCACUGGAGAGUUCACACUGGGGAAAGGCCUUACGAGUGCAGUGCAUGCGGGAGAGCCUUCAGCAGUAACUCUCACCUCAUUCGUCACCAGAGAGUGCACACACAGGAAAGGCCCUAUGAAUGCAGCCAGUGUGGGAAAGCCUUUAGUGAAAGAUCCACACUUGUUCGACACCAGAUAGUUCACACCAGAGAAAGGACUUAUGAGUGUGGCCACUGUGGGAAAAUCUUCAGUCGCCUCUGCAACCUUGCACAGCACAGAAGGAUCCACAGCUGAAUGGAGCCUUAUGGAGAUGGUCUUUGGGAGAUCUUCAGCCACAUCAAACUUCAGGCAGCAGACUACCAAGAAAUUCCCUAAUGUGUCACUGAUAUGGAAAUGCCUUCAGAAGCUACCCUGCCCUUUCUGAGUGGCCUAGGAACCUACACAGCACUGUCUCCCCUCUGGAGCGUAAACCUCUUUCUAGCUGCCUGUGGCCUCUGAGAGGGUCAGGGAAUGAACUGACCCCGUGUUGGUUGAGAGAUUCAUUAAUAAAGACACAUGACAGUCCUACACGUUAUGUACCUAACAGUGCUUCAGGGUACAUGAAGCAAAAACUGAUAGAACUGCAAGGAGCAAUAGACAAACUCACAAUUAUACUUUGGGAAGUUCACACCCUCCCAGAUAAUCAGUAAAGGCGUGAAGACAACACUUUCAACCAGCUUGACCUAAUCAAUAUUUAUAGAACUUCCUGUCCAAGAGGACAGAAUAGACAUUUUUUUCACAUGCACAUAGAACAUUUACCAAUAUGGAGCAUAUUCUGGGCCAUAAAAGAAGGCCUGAUAAAGGGAUAAGAAAUAAUACACGGUAUGGACCUUGACUAUAACAGAAUUCUAUAAGAAAUAAAGAACGGAAUGAUGUGUGGAAAACCCUCAUUCAGAAACUGAAUAUCACACUUAUAAAUAAUCCAUGGUCAAAGAUGAAAUCAAAAGAAAAAUUUGAAAGUACUUGGAAUGAAAAUGAAAACAGCAUAUCAAAAUAUGUGGGAUGUACCUAAAACUGUACCAAGGGAGACAUAUGUGUAUGUGUAUAUAUAUAUGUGUGUGUGUGUGUGUCCAUGUAUACUGGUGAAAUAUUAAUAAGCCUUAUGGAUUGUAGAAGAAUCAUUAAAUGCCAGGUUUUUUAAAGUUCCAACAAAAGAA